UGAAACGAUGACAUAAAAUGGAUAAAUAUCCCGAAAGCAUAAUUGGUGCUAACGAGACAUUAUUGCAUUUAGCUCAUAUUGGAAGGUUGGAAUUACAAUAUGGAACAAAAAAAUGAAGAACUGUUGAUGAGAGAGAUAAAUCACAGAGAAGAUGGCGCAGACUGACCAAGAAAUAUAUCUUGAUGAAAAUGACAUACUCCAGUCUGAAAUUGACGGGUCAGGUAACCUUGUGUUCUAUGUGAUGCCAGAUAAGACUGGCCAACAAGGCGUUACGGAUCUGGUGUAUGAUAUACCUGUAGUUGACAAGCAUGGACCAUGUUAUCAGGUGGGCGCUAAUACUAUCCUUGACACAGACUCCCAACUGAUUGCUAAACCGAGUGCCAGUGUCUCACUAGAUGCAAAAGGUACAGUUUACCAGUAUACUGUGCCAAUGACUUCUGCAGAGAACUACCAGUUACACUUAGAACAAGGGGCAAAAUACUCAAAUACUGACAAAGUAGUUGUUGAGAGAGUGAAUUCGGUGGAACAAUUUCCUGCUUAUAACUUGCCUUCUGGGAUUUCUGCUAAUAUGUUAGACCACAGCACUACUGCAGACAUUAUUCUAGCUUCUGCUGAGGAGCCUGACCACAGUGAUGCAUCUACCUUACAAGUCCAGACCUAUUCAUCCCAGGAUUAUGGGACUUUGAUGUCGAUGCCAUUUGUUCCAACAAAUGGGUCUACUGAUAACCAGACCUUGCAGAUUCCAACUGGUAUGGAAGAUACACAGAUACUGAGCAAUUUUAAUGCGGAAACCUUGGAAAGUUUGCAGUCAUUACUAGGCGUGGAUGUAGACACAACUAGUACAACCACCACAGAGGAGCUGAUUGGUUCAGCCUUUGAUCCUGAAACCACAACCAUAAGUCAUGUCAACAACAACAACGCUCUCCCAACAAAUGUAGAUAAUCCUGUAACUGCAAAGCUAACACAGCGAAAAACUUCAUGUCAUGAAAGCCAGGGGGAUAUCCGAAGAUCAAAACGACUUAUAGGAAAGACCGUAAAAUAUGAUCAGCUUGUAAAUGCUGCAUUUGCUGAAUUACAAGCUGAGAAGGCAAAGACAAAAAGAGAACAACAAACAGAAAAAAAAGUAGCACACAAGACUCCACAAGUAGAUGUCAAUGAGGUCUUCAUGAAUCAGAAAGAGGUCAAUAUGUUGAAGAAAAGUGUGAGUAGCUUUAGCCCUGACUUCUCAUCAUAUCCACAAGGAUGUAAAUGUAAAGAUCUAGCUAAAGGGACAGACAUUCCUAUUGAACAAAUCUGGCUUCACAAGAACCAGAUGUACUAUCUGCCUCAGAUUAACAUUUUGGUGAUCAGCUAUGAGGAAUUUGUUGGCUUCCGUCGUAAAGACAAAUGGUAUGUUAGUGUAGGGGAGAUAACACAGAGACUAAUACCUAACUUUCGUAACGAGGUAGAGUCGUAUCUCGUAAAAAAUGUGUGUGAUAAACAGUUUCUUUCUCUUGAGGAGAUUGAAUACCUAAAACAGAGAAAGUGUGUCAACCAGAACAUGAAAUCUGGUAUUAUGAUAUCUUUAGACACCCUCAGGGUAAUGUGCAAAUAUUUAGCCAGUAGCAAAGCUUUCAUUCAGGCACCAACAACAGGAUUGUCUAAUGCAGCUCAUGGAAGUAUCUAUAGAAAGGUAUUAGAAAAAAACACAAGAUGUUCAAAAUGUGGUGGAGCAGUGAAGAACAUUGCAGCCAUGGAUAGAUACAUACUUGUGGAUUCUUCUAAAGAAUUGCAAUACAGCAGUAGAAUUGAACAGAAGUCCAUUUAUAUUGGUGAGGUUAACAUUGGAAACCUACCCUUUCAGUCAUUUAAACAAGAUGAGUUGACUUAUAUUUCUCUGAAGGAAAUUGUUGAGUGUCAGAUGUUUAAUCUCCAAGUACUUCAGUCGAGACUUGUUCAGCUUCAAUACCGACCUCGACCAGCCCCCACUGCUGUGGAUGAUCACUUUUUCAAUGUAUGUGUGGAUGUUAAUCAGACAUUGUGGAUUGACCUGAUGACCUUGCGCUGUGUAUGUAGCAUGAGUCGAUUACGCUCCCCCACAUCACAAGUGGAAGUGUUGCAACAAAUGAUUUCCAGGGGCCAGUACACAUGUAUCUUUAAAACUGAGAUCAUUGCUGUUGAUGACUAUGACUCUACCAAUAAUGAAACUGUGUACACGUUGGAUCCCUACACUUUCAAGAUCACAACAAAACAUAAUUAUAACCAGUCUAUCAACUCCAAUGCUAGUCGUAAACUUCAACGGUCAACAUCUACUGAGGAUGAGAAAAGAAAGGAAGUGACUAAAGCAGAUUUGAAAAGUGAUCUUUCCUCUUUGAAACAUAAAAUGAGGUCUUGUAAAGUGACUUUAGAACGUUCUCCUGAGAAAGGUGUUGUGAAAGCAUUGUCCCUCAAACCAGGUGUGUACUACUUUUCUGACAAGAAUAGUAUUGUAGACUUUCUGAAAGGUAAGACAAUGAAUAAUUCUGUUGAAGAAAACAUGGACUGUGAAGAAAAGUCUGAUUUACCAUCACUCUCAAAACCAGUUCAGUUUCGAGUGAAGCCUUGCCCAAAUAACACACCACACCUAAUGACUGGUGGUGUUCACACCUAUUCAAGCAACACUUCAAAGAACAGUAAAACAAGUGUAGCUUCUAAAAGAGGCUAUAAAAAGAAGUUUCAGGACAUUGAAAUGGACACAAACUCCAACAAUUCAGGGGCAUUGAGGCAGAGCUUUCAUGAAGAUGUUGCAUAUCAUGAGGUUAAUAGUAGAAAGGAAAAUGAUGUUUCAAGUUCAGUUCCAUUCUACCAAGACAUUGAAACAGAACAUCUUGCAUCAACACAACAUUAUCAUGAUACGCAUGAAAACUAUGCAUCUGUAUCUAACUUGUCAUCUGACCAUCCUCAUGUUCAUGGCCAAGUGGAUAGUCCAGAAGUGCAGGACAAAAAUGUGGACAGCACUGCAGCUAAUAAUGCAGAGGAAGAGUUAGAAUAUUCAAACAGUAAUAGUGGAAGUGGUAGUUUGACAACUUGCUCUAACUCUGUAAGCCCUAGAGAGAUGGACAUACAGAGUACAGAAACCCAAAAUAAUUAUGUGGAAUUUCUCGGCAGAAAGGAGGUCCUUGAUGACAACUGCGACUACUAUAGUGACAAUGAUUCUGGAGAAAUGGAGGAAAACAUAACAAAUUCAAACACAUGUGGUAAAUCUGACAAUUACCAACAUUCUGUCAAAAUGAUGUCAGAAGAAAGUAAGCUCUUCUCUCCUGUUCCAUCAAAUAAUGAGCUGAACUUGCCUACAUCAAAGUCACAUUUUUCACCGAAAGGAUUGCAAAGGACUCUUAGCAAAGGAGAAGAUUGUUCAUCAGUUUCAGAGUCCUCAGAUUUGCAUGCACAAAUAUCUUUUCCAUUCUGUACUGGGGAUUCUACAACAACUAAGACAAAACCAGCACAAACUGAGGCACAGUGUAAUAAGUUUUCGUCACCAUUUAAAUCUGACAAAUGUGACAUUUUAGAGACACCAGAUGAGAUUAGCAGAGUGGGUUUAAUGUCACCAGGAUAUGGAGGAAUCUUUUCUACACCAUGUGUUUCUCCAAUUCUUGAUAGAAAAUUAAAUGAAAAGGGAAGCACAAAAAAAAUGGAAAGCUUAUAUUACAAGUGUGCUUCAUUGGACACCUCUUUAGAUGCAGACAAAUCUUUACAUAUGUUAGCUACUAUUGCAACGGAUCUGGAAACUCUGGAUAAAACAUCUUCACAAUCAAAUGUAUCUGACAGGAAGGAUCCAUGUGUAUUAGAAACAGAGGUUGGAUGUGAGGAUGAUGAGGACAAACCUGUUGGUACUGAAUCGGCAAGGAAAAAAGAUAGUAUUAUGUUCUUUCUCCAACAGCUGUUGGAUGAUGUUGAGAUUGAAAGAAACUUGCCUUCUGGAAAACAAAUUCGAGUGAAGUUUAAGAAAAACGCUAAAACUCGCUACCCUGCACUUUGGAAGGAGGCCGGACAGAUGAGACUGAAGAAGAUAGUCAAACUUUUGGCUCUAAGUGCCCCUUUCAGUCCUAGGGAAGAACCAGUAUAAUACUUUAGGCUGGACCAGGAUGUUCAAGUUGGUUGGAGUCCUGCAGACUUUCUUGCGCCAAAUGAUGCAAUUAAUGAUUAUUUAUUUUGAUUCCUCACUGACAACAUUCCUAAAUAUUUGCCUUCUUAAGUUGUUUAUGUUUUCAGAAAUACAUCAUUUUAACUUCCAGGAAAUAUAUUAGAUAUUAGGUUUCCAUGAUAAAAAAAUAUAUGUUACUGAAUCAGUAGAAAAUGGGCUUUUAAAUUUUGAGAAUUCAUGGAAAUUAAUUGCUUUACAUAAGAAGCUCAGAGAUUUGAUGUUAUACCCAGAUUUUCAUCAUUCUUCUUCUGCUUUGUGCUAUGAAGUUUUCUGACACUUUUUCUCUCAAACUGCAAGUUGGAUCUUUACCAAAAUUCAAGGGAUUAAUACAUAGGAAAGCAAGUUCCAAUUUCUGACUUGGCAAAAUAGUCAUCAUUUCCAGGCUGCUGAUUUUUCACCUGUAACUUUUGUUCUAUUUGGCACAUCAAAAUGAGAAUUGAUGGAAAGUAUAACUGGAGCACACUCUCAGAGAGUGUAUAAAAAAUAGAAACGUUGUCACCAAAAUAGCUGCCAAAUGGAGCAAAUAGAGGCUUCUAAUAGAGAGAAAUUAUGAUGUUUACUGAUUUUUAGCUCACCUAGUUCGAACAACUGAUGAGCUCAUGCUCUACCAUGGCCAUCAGGCAUCCAUCAACUUUCUAAGGAAAAUCUCUUGUAUUCAUGAACGAUUAAACAGAUUUUGACCAAAUUUGGUCUGAUGCAUCCUUUGGGGAAGAUGAACCAAAUUUUUAUUAGAAUUGGCCCAGGGUAUUAGGAGCAGGACCCAAAAAAGGAAAUUUUGUAAGUUCUUCAGUAGGAAUGAAUGGAUACUGCACAAAUUUAGUCUGAAGCACUCUUGGUUUCUUUAAAAUCCUAUUUCUCCUAUAGGAAAUUAUGGAUAUUUCAUUAAUUUUGUCUGAAGCAUUCUUAGGUGAAGGGAAUUCAAUGAAGUAUAGACGGUAGGUCUAAGCUACUUCGGAAAAUCCUACUUCUAUGGAUAUUGCCGUAAUAUGUUUGAAAGCAUUCAUCAUGGGUGAAGGGGGAUCAGUCGUGUAUAAAUGUUAGGCCUUGGCUCCCUCCAUAGAAAAGGUCAGGGUUCAAUAGGGUAGAUAGUUGAAAUAUCUAAAAUCCUAUUCCUCCUGUAGGAAUAAAUGGUUAUUGUCCAAAUUUGGUCUGAAGCAUUCAUGAGUGAAGGAAAAUCAAUCAAUUAAAGACGAAAGAUCUCAGCCCGCAAGAGUGGAAGGGCAGGGCCCAAUAGGGGAAAUAAAGUAAAUUCUUAAAAACCCUACUCCUCCUAGCAGGAAUUAAUGGGUAUUGCCCAAAUUUGGUCUGAAUCAUUCAGCAUUGGUGAAGGGGAAGCAUUCAUGUUAUAUAUAUUAAAAAAUGCAAACCACUUUGGGAGGAGAGACCUGGCCAAAUGGGGAUUUAGAUACAAGUGUCUGAAAUCUUUUUCUUUUAGUUUAAGUUUAUCAAUAACAGCAAACUGAACCAUGGUAGCGAUACAGGCCCUAUGGGCCUCUUGCUUUAUGUGUACCUAAGAGUUCUCUGCUAGUGUGAUGUUUAUGGAUUAAAUUUUUUUGUAAGUGUAUGCUAGAGUUCUGCAGACCUUCUUUGCCUAAUGUUGAAGCACUUUUAUUGGCAUAUAUGACAGAAGGGGUAGUUUGGUGGACUUAUAUAGAGGGCCCUGUUACAAUUGAUACUUGUUUACUGUGAAAUGUUGGCAGUGAAAAGGUUUUUUUGAAAUAUUUGUCAAUAUUUACAAUAUAUCAAAUACAGUAUAUUCAACUUCAGUGAAAAUCCAUCUCUUAUGGAACAUGACCUAUCAAAUGUUUGAUAAAGAUUGACGAAAGACAAUCCUAAUAAUAUUCUUUUAAGACAAAAAUUUCAACUUUUCUGAAUAAAUAUAUCACUUCUGACUGAAAUUUAUUGUUUGCAUUUUGUCAUUAGAAUACAAUAAAAAUGAUUUAUGUUACGUUGUACAACAGGAUGAGAAUAUUAAUUUUUCGGUAUGGGACAGAAAUUGAAGAUACAUUUUGUAUGGGCCAGAAAUUCACUGUUGUGUGGGGUGGGUCAGAAAUUCAAUAUUUUGUGGUAUGGGAUGGAAAUUGAAGAAAUGUGUUUUGUAAAGGACAGAAAUGCUGUGUUGUGUGGUGUGGGUCAGAAAUUCAAUAUUGUGGUAUGGGAUGGAAAUUGAAGAAAUGCUGUGUUGUGUGGGGUGGGUCAGUCAAUGUUUUGGGGUAUGGGAUGGAAAUUUAAAGUUUUGUGGCUGUAUCACUGUCAAUUCUUGAUAUGUUGUAUGACAUUAACUUUUAUUUUGAGUAAUGAAAUGUGGGAACAUUAAACCAAAAUGAUUAUUUUUGAGAAAAAGAAAACUCGAAGUUCUGGAUGUCCAAACAUUUUAUUAAUUUUCUGGUUCUUGUGAUUGUUUCUGUUUUACAUUUAUCUUUUUAAAAACAGUUAUAUUGAAAAACAUAUAUUAUUCACACCCUGGAAAGUUAUCCUUGUAUAACCAUGUACAAUUUUGAACUUUUAUUUUGUAAUGAAUAGCUAGGAGCUAUUGUACUGAUAAUAUUGGUAAUGAUUUUGUGCAAUUCAUUCUUGAUUGCAUUUGGAGCUCUCAUUUGAUCUAAAGUUAUAACUAGCAUUUAGUAUAAAAUCUCCAUCUACAUUUAGAAUUGUACAGUGUAUAUGUAUCCUAUUUACUUAUGUUAAGUGAUAUUUCCCAUGAAUGGAUAAGCAUUUAUAUUACUCUAUUGUUUGUUACGGGUUUCAGGCAUUACAAACUAUUUGAAUCAAGAGUAAAACUGGUUUUUUGUGUGUGGUAAUAAACGUGAACAAUUUUUCAGGAAUUUAAUAAAACAUAACUGGACAAAAAACAUAUAUCAAAAAUAUUUUUAUUGGGUUCGGUUUAAAAGAAAUAAAUCUGUUUUAAGAUGUUAGAAAUCCAAAAUCUGGGAGUGAAAAAUAUAGAUGACCUACUUGUUUAUUGUGUAUGAAAGUGUUGUAAUUAAACAGCUCUGUUGUACUAGUCAAUGGUACGAAAUAGUUCAUCCUAUUAAGAUAAAAUAUGCACACUGUGCUUUGCAAUAUUUUCGUAUUUUAUGUUUGAUAUUAUGUUUUACUUAAUUAAAUCAAUUUGUUAUUACAAACUCGUUAAUAUUUGCAUUUUGCCAAGCUUAUUAAAAGAAAAGAAAAAUACCCAGAAUUAAAUGGGUUUUUUUUCUGUAGUUAUUUGCUA